AUGAUGAAAAUGUUCGAAGUUCGCAACCUGCUGUAUCGGAGAUCAUGCCAAUACACGCAGAGCGGACUUGUGAAUGCCUCUGUCCUCGAAGCUGAUCUCGUCGAGAGGGUGAAGAGCUUCGCGAAGCGUUAUCCGAACAGCAGGACAGCCCAGGCUUGCAAGGCUGUGGAGGGAUGCACCCCCGACGCUAUCGCAGAAGCCAUCCGCUCGACAUGUCAGCAGGCACGACGUGAGCUUCUGCAAGAAGCAAUGACUGGAUGGAGUGACGCAUCCAACGAGGUGACUUCCUUCAUCUCCAUGACUCUCCUGGGCAUCUCCUCGGUGUAUGUCAACCAUGAAGAGAAGCUGAAGAAGAAAUUCGAAGAGAUCGGACUGAUCGUAGACUCAGUGCAAGAGAGUAAAGCAAUCAUGUGGAAGGCUCCGUAUAGACCCGAGAUGGCGAGUGCUGAUGAGAUCCCGGGAAGAGAGGACUUCGCGAUCGAUGGUCGCAAGUUCACAGCUGUACAUCUGCUGGGCCAGUCCCUUGCAGCGGUCCAACUCCAGCGGCCGCUGGCAGGCAUGCUGGUUAGGCCAGCAAGAGGCUUCGUCGCUGUAGGGGCCAACGUCAUCUGGAGACAGAGGGAGGUGGAGUGGAUCGUCUCCUCGAGCUGCCCAGAGGCGAAUGAUACAGCCUCGGCAUUUCGAGCUUUCCGAGAGAGCGAAGCGAUGAGUCGAGCUGAGCUGACAGCUGAUCGCUUUGUGUCCAGAAACAAGUUGAAGAAGGCAUCAAGGAUGCAGAAGAAGGCAGGCGGCAAGGACGGCAAGGAGAUCAAGAUCAUCAUCAAGUCUCGCUUCACGAGGAAGGAGAUGGAGGGGCUGUGCAACGGCGGCAACACGUCCAUCGCAAGAGUCAAGAGAGUCUUGUUGGAGAUCGCUAACAGGCUCGAGAUCAAAGUUGAAGGCAUCGACAUGGAGGAGGAUUUGAACACGGGUCCCAGCUAUGCAUACUCCUCGGCUCCACGGAGGAUGCUCGACGCAUGA